CAAAUGCUCCUCCAACCUCACAUUAUUUAACAUUACACAUUUAAUAAUUUUCUCAGAGAAAAGAAAUAAUAAGAGACAUAUGUCUCCAUGUAUAUCUAUAUAAACAUCCAAGAAAGACCAUAUGUAUAUGAAUAAUAUAACCUUAAAUGCAGAAAAACCAGAGACUCUCACAACAAAGAGUUUAUUAGUCUGAUCUAAGUCGUCUGAUCACUUUCCACCAGCAAAUGAUGUCUUCAUCAUCAUCAUCAGCCACCGAUACUAUCACUAAGCCGUCCUCAUUGCUCUUGGUGGAGUCAGUCACAUGCGACACGUGCGGUUUUGCAGAAGAAUGCACGCUGGCUUAUAUCCACCGCGUCAAGGAACGGCACAAGGGACACUGGCUUUGUGGGCUCUGCGCAGAGGCGGUUAAGGACGAGGUGGUUCGGUCCCCAACUAGAAUCUCCGUCGAGGAAGCUCUCCUCCGCCACACGACGUUCUGCCACCGUUUCCGUUCGGGGAGUCCAGACGUGGAGGAAGAUCCAAUAUCAGUCAUUGGAAGGAUUCUACGGCGGAGCCUCGACGGCUCUCCACGGAGGACCACCACGAGGUCGAGCUCGAGCGGGGCGUUGCCGGGGAUCGAUGGCGUAGCGUCACGACGGUCGCUUCUCCGAGCUGGCAGCUGUUUCCCGUCUCUCUCUACUUGAUUAAAUCUGUUAAAUGUAAAUUUUUGCUUACUGUUUUUCGUUAAAUUUUAUUAAAUAAUGCUAUUUUGUAUUUAAUUACAUUUUAGAUGGAGAAGAAAGGGUUGGAAUCCGAGGAUGUGAACUCCUAUGACGUUAGUCUUUCUUCAUAAGUGAGUUUAAUAAAAUGGUUAAUGAGCACAUUCAUAUUAUGCAUGUGCUCUCUAGA